GAACGAGCUUGGCUGCUGCGGGCGCGCGCCUCCCUUGCGUGACGUCACUGCUGUGAAGAAGAUGGCGGCGCUCGUGAAGGCGGAAGUGUGUGAGUUUCGUCCUCCUUGGCUCGUGUGACGGCCCUCUGCAGGCUGGAGGAGUGUGUGAACUUCACCAUGAACAACAAGGACGACGCCACAGAGUCCGAGAGCAGCGUUCAGAUGAAAGUGUUUUUGCCCAAUAAGCUGCUGGAGUGUUUGCCUCCAACCCCCGCUUUACCCAAAGAGAGACUGCGCUGGAACACAAACGAGGAAAUUGCAUCCUUCCUGAUUUCUUUCGACAGACAUGACGAGUGGCUCUCCUGUUCCCUUAAGACCAGGCCGCAGAACGGUUCAAUCAUACUGUACAAUCGCAAGAAGGUCAAAUACCGGAAAGAUGGAUACUGCUGGAAGAAGAGAAAAGAUGGAAAGACGACAAGAGAGGAUCACAUGAAGCUGAAGGUUCAGGGCAUGGAGUGUCUUUACGGUUGUUAUGUUCAUUCCUCCAUCGUCCCAACAUUCCACAGGAGAUGCUAUUGGCUGCUGCAGAAUCCAGACAUUGUGCUUGUGCACUACCUGAACGUGCCGUCGCUGGAGGACAGUGUGAAGUCAUGUGGUCCGGUGUCCUGCACUCUGACCGACCGGCGGGACAGUCUGCGCUGGAGCCGAGACGAGCUACUGUCACAACUCAAACCCAUGUUCCACAGUUUGAAAUGGUCUUGCGGAGGCAACGGAGCUGUGGAGCUCUCGGUGGAGCAGAUGGUGCAACAGAUCCUAGAAACACAACAGACCAAACCACAACCGCGAACACACACCUGCCUCUGUGCAUCUCCCGGAUCCAACAUUCCUCACCGCUGCAACAGCACAAAGCAUCGCAUCAUCUCCCCGAAACUGCCCGCGCCGUACCCCGCACUCACCGAGCUGCAGAAUCUGGCCAGCGAGGGCUCGGGGGCGGAGCUCGGUCGGGAGGCGGGGCCAGGAGACGCUUUAGUGGCUGUCCUGCCUUCAGAACGGAAGCAGCCACCGGGAACGCCGGAAGAUGGUGGGCGGGUUGAGGACACAGUGGGCGUGGCUUCCCCAUGCUCCGCCUCCUCCUCCUCAUCAUCUUCAAGUCCGCCACAAACACAGCGAGCACCAACGAUCUCGCUAAGCAACGGAAAUGGAUUCCAGAGGGGCGGAUUGGCAACUGUGGCACUUCCGCAAAAUGCAGUCAUCGUCAUGACGACAGCAGUGGGGCGUGGCUGUGGGGAGGAGUCAAACGGCGAGUUAGGCUCAACCCGAUUGUCGCUAACUCGUGCAGGCGGUCGGCUUGUUUUAUCUCCUGUCCCGCCCAAACAGGACACGCCCUCCCCUCCGAGCUCCGCCUCCCCACCGAGCCCCAUCCCUGCUAAUCAGGGCGUGGCCACGCUGUCACUCACUCUGCUGUCCAGCCCUGUGAUUGGCAGCCUGCAGCUGACUGAACGCAUUGUUCCAGAAACAACUACAGCACUCCUGCACCCGUCGUCCCCAUCUCUGCUGCCGUUCGACCCUGACUCCUUUCUCAAUAGCCCCAAACAGGGGCAGACCUACGGAGGCCCUGCCCUAACACCACACUCUAACUCCACCUCCUCCUCCCCAUCUCCUCCUCCUUCAACAUCUCCUCAGCCUCCAUCUCUGGCUUUAUCUCCCACUUCUCCACCUUCGUCUCUGUCUUCUUUCUCUUCUGAAGUGGAGAGGAAGAGUAAUCCCGCUCGUCCUUCCUCCAGUCCGGCUUCUUUAUCUCUGUCUUUAUCUCCAGCACCGAUGACUCCGGCUCUGCUGUGUUUGGAGUCAGCAUUAGGCCUGGAUUCAUUGAAUCCUUCCCUAUCCACAAAUUGCAGAGCUCCUCCUACUGAAAUGGACACUCAAGCCCCGCCCAAUCACAGCACUUCUCCUCCUGGAUUUGAAUCUCAAGCCCCGCCUUGCAACUUACAGACCAAUCCGCUUUCUCCUCCUACUCCUGCCCUGGAAGUGCUGCCAAUCAAUCAAGAAGGAGAAAAGGCGGAGCUUAGGCAGCUUCAAAUGCAGUCUUGUCUUCUUGAAUCGCACUCUAUGUGCAUCGAACCACAAACUCUAACUCCACCGCCAGCCGCACCCACAGGUGUGACUCCUAUACAGGUGAAAGAGGAGCAGUCUCCACCCACUCAUUUUGAAUCAGAAGUCACGCCCAUGGACACCACCCACUGUGCCCAUAUUGAUGGAGAGGAGGCGGGGCUUACAUUUGACUCCGCCUUCCCUGACCUCAUCUCUGAGCUGAUUACGGAUGAAGCUGUUGGCCACGCCUCCACCCCAGCUCCGCCUGUUUACCCUGUUCGCUACAUGGUUCCGCCGCAGCCAUCACCAUCCAGCUCGUUUUUACCCUUCACACUCCUCACCAACACACACUCGCUCGCAGCCGGCAGCGCUGCGGAGGACACACAGCGCCUGACCAACAUCACAGACUUUUCCCCCGAGUGGUCUUACCCGGAGGGAGGAGUGAAGGUGCUGAUCACAGGUCCGUGGUCCGAGACGGACGGCAGAUACUCGUGUGUGUUCGACCAGAGCAGAGUUCCUGCAUCUCUUAUUCAGCCAGGCGUCUUGCGAUGCUACUGUCCAGCUCAUGAAGCGGGUCUGGUGGCUCUUCACGUGCUGAAGGACUCGAUCCCCGUCUCCUCAUCUGUCCUAUUCGAGUAUCGCGCUCGCAACGCCUCGUCUUUACCAAGCUCACAGCUGGACUGGCUGUCACUGGACGAUAACCAGUUCCGGAUGUCCAUCCUGGAGCGUUUGGAGCAGAUGGAGCGGAGAAUGGCAGAAAUGUCCAAUAAUAAUCAGCAGCAUCAACAUGUCAAUCACUACCAUCAGCAGCUGUCCAGGAGUCAAAGCUCCGCUCCACGCCUGACUCCAGAAAACCAGUCGGGGCUGUGGUUCGAGCGCAGGAUCGUGGCGGUGUGUGAGCGGAUGAUGGCGGGUGGCCGGUGGGAGCGAGACGGAGAGACGGACACACUCACACACUCCGCCAGACAUCGAGGAAUGACCCUACUGCACCUCGCCGCUGCUCAGGGAUACACACAACUCAUACACACACUCAUACGCUGGAGGAGUAUCAGUGUGAACAGUCUGGAUCUGGAGCAGGAAGUGGAUCCUCUGAAUGUGGAUCAUUUCUCCUGCACUCCUCUGAUGUGGGCCUGUGCUCUGGGUCAUCAGGCGGCUGCGGUGUUGUUGUACCGCUGGAGUAGCGCCGCUCUGGGCAUCCCAGAUUCUUUGGGUCGUCUCCCCCUGGCUGUGGCUCACUCACGGGGACACACACGGCUGGCGCGCUGUCUGGAGGAGUUGCACACACACUCUCAGACGCAGGAACACACACCGCACACAGCCUCACCGCCAUACCGGCCACCAUCCCCACUGUCCAGCAGCCCAGACACCGGGUUGAGUUCCUCCAGCAGUGUGCCCUCCCCCAGUGACCCGCCCUCUCCCUCCCCAAGCUCUGCCUACUCCAGUGGUUCUGUCCCCGACCCGAUGGACUCCGCCUCCUCGCCCUCCUCCCCGUUCUCGGUCCCGCCCCCCGUCGGCUCCACAGACUCGCUCUUUCUGAUGGACUGUGAUGCUGCAAGUCCCACGGAUCCGCACGUCCCGCACGCAGACGCUCUUUCCCUGCACUCGGAGCUCGCGGACCAACUGCUCAACUACAGCGAGAACGCAGAGAACGAGGAUUACCUGUCUGACGAGGUCCUGCAGGUUGACAUGGCGACACUCGCCGAGCAGAUCAUUGAGGCCACGCCUGAGCGAAUCAAGCAGGAGGAGUUUAACCGGGAGGCGGAGUCACCACUGCGAGAGAGGCGGGACAAUCCUGCCAUUCACGACACCAUGCCGUGGCUCGCGACGUACCUGGACACUGUAGACAGGAGUCUGUGUCCGACUCCGCCCUCGCUCCUCAGUGAUUUGGCACUGCAGAGGCUCCGCCCCCCAAGCAGUGCUGCGUGGGCGGAGUUUCUGAACGCCUCAGCCAAUGGGAGGAUGGAGAGAGACUUCGCUCUGCUGACGCUGACGGACUCCGAGCAGAGAGAGCUGUACGAGGCUGCGCGCGUCAUCCAGAACGCGUUCCGCAGAUAUAAGGGCCGGAGACUAAAGGAGCAGCAGGAUAUGGCUGCAGCCGUGAUUCAGCGCUGUUACCGCAAAUACAAACAGCUAACAUGGAUAGCAUUGAAGUACGCCUUAUAUAAGAAGAUGACGCAGGCGGCCAUCCUGAUCCAGAGUAAGUUUCGCAGUUAUUACGAGCAGAAGAAGUUCCAGCAGUCGCGCCGUGCAGCCGUCCUCAUUCAGCAGUACUACCGCAGCUAUAAGGAGUACGAGCGCGUCAAGCAGGGGCCGCGGGGGCCCGGGGCCCUCAACACCAAGAUCAAAGGAUCUUUCCUGACCAAAAAGCAGGAUCAGGCGGCACGAAAGAUCAUGCGCUUCCUGCGGCGCUGCAGACACAGGAUUAAAGAGCUGAAGCAGAGUAAAGAGCUGGAGCACCGCGGACUGACCACCUGAACACACACACACACACAUUACAGUUACGGUUGCUUGUUUUCCAGUGGUCGCUGCAACACUAACGUUGACGUUCAGCUUUACUGAAUGUUUUUUUCAUGUAUUAAUGGAUCUCUCUAUAAAUGUAAACAGAAUAUACUCUUAUAUAUGAUCAUACACACAGUCUCGAUUGUGUUGCAUAUGAAUUUAUUUAUUGAUCUCUCGGAGAUGCUGUAUAUUUUAUAAACACUCGAUGUUCCACUGAUCUGAAAACACACUUUUUCAAAGUCUUAAGUUGCCAUGGAAAGGCAGGACUGAAAUGUAACGGUGCCUAGUGAUGAAUGUGGCCAUGUUGGACACGAAUCGCUGCUACAGAGUAAAAAACAAACCUAAUUAUUCUGAUAUUUUGAUUUCACAACAACUCUGGAUCUGACUUGUAAACUCUGUAGAUGUUAAAACUCAAUCCAGGGGAAGAAGUUGGAUGUGAUCUCAGAAUUACCCCCAAAAAAUUAGCAAGAUGUAAACUCUAAAAGAUGUUGUGAGAUGAAAACUGAUCAUUCUGAGAUUUGCAAUUUCAACCUUUUUCCCUAAAAUGUGGAGUUAGCAUUUUCUUUCCCCCCUCGUUUCCCCAUUCUGAGUUUGGAUCUUGCCAUUUUUGCUGGGAAAAUUGGAAUUGCGAGAUGGAAUAUUGGACUUCUGAGUUUGCAUCUUGCAAUUUUUUCAUAAAUACAAAAAGUUGGAAUGACAAGAUGAACACUUUUAACUCCAAUAAAGAUGCAACUGUGAGAUGUAAACUCAAUCAUUUUUACAGGAAAAAUUGGAAUUCUGAGUUGAUGGCUGCAGUUUGAACCUUUUCCCCUCACAAUUCUGCCUUUUACCCUGAAAUUUGAGUUUACUUCUUGCAAUUCCCUCUUUUUCCUCUUUGGAAUUCUGAGUUUGCAUCUUGGAAUUGCAAAAUGUGAACUGAAUUUUUUUAAGGUGAAAUUUUUUACUGGGAAAAUUGUAAUUGUGAGAUGAAAACAUUGGAAUCUUGAGUUUGCAUCUGUUAAUUUUAACAUUUUUCCAUAAAUACAAAAAAUUGGAAUCACAAUGUAAACAUUUUUAAUUCCAAAAAAGAUGAUUCUGAGUUUGGACCUUGCAAUUUUUACUGUUAAAAUUGGAAUUGUGAGAUGGAAAAACUUUUUCCCUGAGAUUUUGAGUUUGCAAUUCUCACUUUUCCUCCAUCAAAAGUUUGAGUUUUUUCUGAAAAAAUGUGGAAUAGUGAGAUGAAAACAUUGGGAUUCUGAGUUUGCGUUUUGCAAUUUCAAAAUUUUUCCAUAUUUACAAAAAUGUGGACAUUUUUAAUUCCAAAAAGAUGCAAUUGUGAGAUGGAAACUCAGAAUAAAAAGCAAGUUGAAAUUUUCACAGGAAAAAUUGUAAUUGUAAGAUGGAAACUUGGGAUUCUGAGUUUGUCUUGCAAUUUGAACCUUUCCCCCUCACAAUUCUGUCUUUUCCCCUGAAAUUCUGAGUUUGGAUCUUGCAAUUUUUACAGGGAAAUUUGGAAUUCCUUGAGAUUUUGAGUUUGCAAUUUUCACUUUUCUCCAAAUGAAAAGUUGUAUUUUUUUCAGAAAAAAACUGGAAUUUUGAGAUAAAAUCUUCCCCUGAAAUUUGAAGUUUACAUCCAGCAAUUCCCACUCUUUCUCUUUGCAACUUUGAGUUUACGUUUUGCAAUUCAAACAUUUAUACUUUUUAGGAAUUUUGAAUGAACAUCUCAUAAUUGUAACUUUUUCCCUGAGAUUUUGAGUUUGCAAUUUUCAAUUUUCCUCUUUGGGAUUCAGAAUUUUAGGUCUUGCAAUUCCAAUAUUUCUUUUCCAAGAUGUAAAUUUACAAUUUAAAAAAUAAUGAAUUUGCAAGACUACAAACUCAAAAAGUCCCCAAAAAUGUUGGAAUUGUGAGAUGAAAACUUGGAAUUCUGAGUUUAUGUCUUGCAAUUAGAUCACUUGUUUUCUCUCACAAUUCUGACUUUUUACCUGAAAUUUGCAGUUUACUUUUUUUUUUUGCAAUUCCCACUUUUGUGCAACUUUUCUAAAUUCAGAAUAAAAUUUUUUUUAUUGUAAUCACAAGAUGUACAUUUUGAAUUCUAAAAAAAGUUGAAAUUGCAAGAUGUAAGAUGAUAGAUUCUCUUUUUUCCAUUGUGAGUUUACAUCUUGUCAUUCCCACGUUUCACUCUUGGGAUUCUGAGUUUGUCUUGAAAUUCCAUCUUUUUACGGAGAAUUCAAAAUGUGUUUUUAUCAAUUAAAUUCUGAGUUUACAUCUUGCAAUUCAGUUUUUGUUUUCAAUUAUGUAAAUGUAAAAAAAAUGCAAUCACAAGAUAUAAAUUCAAAGAGUUAUAUUAUCAUAGAUAGAAUUCAAUCUUUUAAAAGGUGGAAUUUUAAGAUGUAAAUUCAUUACAACAUAUAUAAAAUUGAUAAAAAAUUGGAAUCGCAACAUCUUAAACUCAGGAUUUAA